UAUUUGCUUUAUCAGUAUGCACUAUUCUGAUACUUCAAUUUAAUUUUCAUAAUUUUUUUAAUUACAUUUUAUUCAAAGUUGUUUGCUAGUCUUUCAUUAUUUUUAUAUUUAUUAUAAAUUCUAAUUGACUUUUAUAAAUACAAAAUGAGUUCUAUUGGAACUGGUUAUGAUUUAUCAGCAUCUCAAUUUUCUCCUGAUGGUAGAGUAUUUCAAGUUGAGUAUGCAUUUAAAGCGGUUGAAAAUAGUGGAACAGCAAUUGCUUUACGUGGUUCUGAUGGUAUUGUGUUUGCUGUUGAAAAGUUAAUCACAUCUAAGUUACAUGAAGAUGGAACAGGAAAAAGAGUACAUAGCGUAGAAAAUCAUAUAGGAAUGGCAGUUGGUGGUUUAACAGCUGAUGCUAGUGCUAUAUUAGAUGUAGCUCGAGAAGAAGCUAAAUCGUUCCGGCAAACAUACAAUGUACCUAUUUCACUAAAAUAUUUAAAUGAAAGACUUUCUAUGUAUAUACAUGCUCAUACACUAUACAGUGCUAUCAGGCCAUUUGGUUGUGCUGUUAUUAUUGGAGCUUAUGAUUGCCAUGAUGGCCCUGAAAUGUAUAUGAUUGAUCCCGCUGGAGUUUCAUUUGGAUACUUUGGAUGUGCAAUUGGUAAAGCUAAACAAACUGCUAAAACAGAAAUAGAAAAAUUGAAUUUAAAAACAAUGUUAUGCAAAGAUUUAGUGAAAGAAGCAGCAAAAAUAAUCUAUAUGGUUCAUGAUGAAUUAAAAGAUAAGCAAUUUGAAUUAGAACUAAGCUGGGUUGGUAGUCACACUAAUGGAAAGCAUGAAGAAGUAUCAAAAGAUAUUUAUGAAGAAUCACUUAAAUAUGCUAAAGCAUCAUUAGAUGAUGAUUCUGGGUCUGAUGGAGAAUAGCAUGUUAUCAUGUUAUUAAAAAUAUAAUUAUCAAUAUGUGGUAUUAAUACUGGUUAAAAUUCAAGCUUAACAAUAUUUUUCAAAGUAGUUAAGUUCAUUAUUUUAUAUUCUUAUGCUUUGAAUAAAUUAAAUUUUUACUGAAAAUUCUAAUUAAAUUUUUCAUAUCUGAA